GCCAGGCAGACGUACCAAGAUGGUCUCACUGCCUCCCCUGCUCUGCCUCGUGGUGCUCUGGGUCCAGGGUUCCUCUGGGCAGAUUGUGCUGACUCAGACCCCAGAGUCCCUGGCGGUGUCUCCAGGAGAUCGAGUGACCAUCAAGUGUAAAGCCAGUUCCAGCCUUACUUAUAGUGUCUUUGGGAGUAGCUAUGAGCUAUUAGCCUGGUACCAGCAGAAACCUGGACAAGCUCCAAAGCUCCUCAUCUAUCUUGGUUCCACACGUCAGUCGGGAGUCCCAGCCCGGUUCAGCGGCAGUGGCUCUGGCACUGAUUUCACUCUCACCAUCAGCAGUGUUGAAGCUGAAGAUGCCGGAGAUUAUUACUGUCAGCAGGACAAAAGCUCACCUCACACAGUGAUACAAACCCAUACAAAAACCUCCUCCAAGGGGUCCAUUUCCCUGAUUCAGACUCCACAAGCCCUGUCGGUGUCUUCAGGAGCCAGAGUCUCUAUCCACUGCCAGACCAGUUCGAGCCUUCAUUUCUCAGAGCUGGGGAUGACGCACUAUGAGCUCUUAGCCUGGUACCACCACAAACCUGGGCAGCCUCCCAGGCUCCUCAUCUAUGACGCUGAGACCCAGGAAACGGGAGUCGCAGCCAGGUUCAGUGGCCAAGAAACUGAGCACGGCUUCUCCCUCAUCAUCAGUGAGGUGGAAGCAGAUGAUGAUGGAGUUUAUUACUGCCAGCAAUACAAAGACACCCCCACACAGUGA